AAUAAUAUAUAAUGAAAAACCCAAAACACAGAGAGAGAGAGAGAGAGAGAGAGAGAGAAAGAAAGGGUUUUUGUUGCAAAAGAGGAGGGCUUAGAUGAGAUGUGUUUUUGGAACAGGAACAUCUUUCGCCGAACUGAAGCUUAAGAAGAAGACGAGAAGGAUUCUGUUCGAUCUGAGUCUCUGAGGGGUUGUUUGGGUUUUGUGAUUUUUGGGGUUAGGUAAGAUACUAUGAGUAGCGGCGGAGUUAGCAGUAAUGGGAAGGGUAAUAAUGGGGCACCGUCGAUCCCGGCGACGUCGAGGAAGAUGGUUCAGAGUUUGAAGGAGAUUGUCAACUAUCCUGAGCAUGAGAUCUACGCCAUGCUUAAAGAAUGUAACAUGGACCCUAACGAAGCUGUUCAGAGGCUACUUACUCAAGAUACUUUUCACGAGGUGAAGAGCAAACGAGAAAAGAAAAAAGAGAACAAAGAUACUACAGAGUCCAGGUCUCGAGGUGUCAGCAGUGCCUUAAAUCGUGGAAGUAGAAGUGUUGCAGACCGUAAUGUUGGACGUGGAGGUUCAUCACAGUUCAGCUCUACUGAAUAUGGGGUUUUGCAUGGUAAACCUGUGUACAAGAAAGAGAAUGGGGCUAGUGCUAUCUCAAGUUCUAUGCCCUCUGGACCUGGUAUUGCAGGAAAUAAUAUCACUCGACACCCUAUGCCUGUCAGUGAUUCUGUUACUGCUGAAAGCAAACCACAUUCUGUGAGCACAGCUGAUGGCGUAUUAUCAUCCUCACAACCUUCACCAGGAUAUCAACCUGCUUGGGUGGGGGUCCCGGGUCAAAUUUCAAUGGCUGAUGUUGUUAGGAUGGGUAGGCCUAAGGCUUCAUGCACACCCAUUGUGUCUAAUGAGGCAUCAUUCCCACCACCUACUGCUGUCCUAACAAAUGUAUCACAGAACACACUUAAGCAUCCCAUUGCUUGUGGAUCGUUGUCAGCUGAGUCCAACCAUAAUUUAUAUUCAUCUUUAGACACUGUUUCCAAGGUUCCGGAGACAGACCAUGAGCCAGGUAUUGCUACAAGCCAGCAUAAUUCUCAUGAUGAACGGCCCAUGGUUGAGCAGUCCCAGGCUGCCAGUAGGUCUUCUGUCCUUGAACCAUCUGCUGUCUCUGAGGUUUAUACUGAUUCACAUGUUGAUAGAGCUAAUCGCCAUUUAACAUCCCUAUCAGAUGAGGUCCAAGUAUCAGAGGGAGAUGUUACUGUUGAAAAUCUUGGCACAGAUUGUGCUGGAUCUGCUUCUGGAUCUAAUAGACAUACACUGGAGGAUAAUUCUGGAGGCAUGUCUCAUUUUGACAAUACGUCGUUCCAGAACAUGAGUUCCUUGCAUCCUCAUAGGCAUGCUUUUCAGGCUCAAGAAGGUAAGCAAUGGGAUUCUGAAUCUUACACUAGGAUUGGUUGCUGCUAUUCUUUUCUUCAUCCUUUUUAAUUUUUUCUCAUUAAA